AUGAAGUUUGAUGACAUAUUCAAAGAGAUAGGAGAAUUUGGUCCAUUCCAAAGACGAAAUUACGGUCUACUAAUUGUAGGAUGGAUGCUAACGGGGCCCACCAUGGUGCUGUCUGUCUUUGUGUUAGGUUUGCCGGAUCACAGAUGCCAGAUUCCCGGUCUUACUAACGAUACUUAUGCAAUCCAAGGAUCACAACAUGUGGAUCUAAUUAACAAGUACAUCCCCUUAGAUAAGGAUGGUGAAUAUGAUCAGUGUAGUUUUUACGAUAUCAACCAAUCAACGAUGGAGUUUGACAACAACAGUCGACCAAUCAACGCAUCUACGAUAAAGUGCUCAUCGUGGGUCUACAGCAAGGAUCUUUUCCAUGAUACAUUUGUCAUGAAGGAAAAUUUGGUGUGUGAUGACAAAUAUAAAAUUUCGCUGGCCAAAACAAUUUUCUUCGCCGGGGUUUUGACGGGUUCAUUCAUGUUUGGAAUGAUAUCGGACGUCUUUGGUCGCAAGAAGACGCUUUUGAUUGGAAUCCUGGCAGAGCUUGUGACAAAUCUUGCAUUGGCUUUCUCCUAUAAUUUUGUUACAUAUGUAAUAAUCCGCUUUUGUACUGGAGCAGCAUGUGUUGGGUUGUUCAUGACGUCGUAUGUCUUAGGGGUGGAAUGGGUCGGCCCCUCCACGAGGAAGUACGCCUCCUUGGUCAUAGCUUUCUUUGGACCAGUAGGAGAGCUAUAUUUUCUCUUUGUCUCUUAUUUUGCCAGAGAUUGGUUUUGGAUUAUCAUUGCUAUGGCUAUCCCGUUUGCAUUCAACGCUAUCCUAUGGUGGUUUAUUCCUGAAUCGCCACGCUGGUUAUUUAGUACGGGAAGAACCAAGGAAGCCACUCGUCUUUUGGAAAAAGCUGCCAAAUACAAUAAAAAAGAAGUUUCUUCAAAGAUAUUGGAGGAGGUGACAAUUGAGAAGAAAGAAGCUGGCAAGAUAUGGUUGCUAUUCUCCGACCGUCGCCUCGGAGUGAGAACCAUCAUCAUAUUUUAUAACUGGAUGGUGGCGAGCAUGGUUUUCUAUGGACUUUCCCUGAACACCGGGAUCCUGUAUGGAGACUAUUACAUGAACUUCCUCCUGGUUGUACUGGUUGAGUUUCCAGGGCAUGUUCUACCCCUAUUGUCAGUUGAUAGAAUUGGCAGAAAAAAGAGCCACUUUCUAUACAUGGCUGGCGGUGGCAUAGCUUGCCUGAGCACUAUAUUUACGGUCAAUUUUGGAGGAAAGGAUCUGCAGCCACUCACGACAGCUUUAGCGAUGGUUGGGAAAAUGUUCGCUACAGCAGCGUUCGCUACAAUCUACAUCCUGUCCGCCGAACUUUUCCCCACAGCCAUAAGGAACGCUGGUAUGGGAUCCAGUUCGUGCUGGGCUCGUGUGGGCGGAAUGAUUUCACCGUUUAUUGCAGACACGGCUGAUUUAGUUGGUGGAACCUCCGGAACUGCUAUACCGCUGGUGAUAUUCGGAGGGGCGUGUCUCAUUGCUGCGGGCCUCACUUUGAUUCUACCGGAAACUCUAAAUAAAAUGCUGCCCGAAACCAUUGAAGACGGCAAAAACUACACAACGAACGAAUACGAAGAAAGAUCGAAACAAUACAUGAAAGGACUCGAGAAGGAGAUCGAGUCAACGCGCUUUUAGAAAUGCGCGCCAACUCAUCAGUUUGUAUGCCUGCGGGAUGGUUGUCUGGAAAAAAAAUACUGAAGAUGGAAAUAAAAAGGCACUAGAUGUGUCGGAUCCAAAGAUUCAUACAGAGACACUAGUCAAUAAGAAGUUUAUAUCUUGAUGAUAAGUUUACAUUAGUAACUAUCAGUGUUACUGUGGAAUAUUGUAACUACAAGACCAUAUAGUUAAUUGGUCGGUUAUAUCAUACAUUUCUGCUGUGUUUGCCUCCUGAGAGCAUUUCCCUUGCUUUGUAAUAUUUUAACGUAGUAUAUAUUUACUCUCUAUUAAAUGAAACUAAUACAUGUAUCAUGCAACAUUUCGCUCUUUACCAGACUUGGAUUGAAUUCACUCAAAUUGCAAAUUAGAUAUGAAAUUUAUCACUGUUCGUUAUCUUCACCUUUCAUUAG